UCGAGUGGUCGUCACCAUGGAGAGUGCUUGCUGUGAAAUUUUAUUUAAAUAAUUACGUUUUAUUAAUUAAAAUAAAGAAUUGUUUUGUUAAACAUGUGUUUUGUAUGUAAGAAAUUUGUACUUUCAUACGGAAUUGAUAAUGUUGCGUCAUUGUAGCUAUAUUCUUACAAUAUUUCAAUUGUAUAGAUAUCAUAAAUUACAAUAAAAUCAUUCAGAAUGAAUGGAGGAAUGGAGCAUAAAACGCCAGGUCACAAUGCAGUGCUUCAUAAAGCACCAAAAAACUACAAGUUAUUAAUAGAUCCAUUUCUGGUAAAAGGUGCAACAAAACUGUACCGCUAUGAUGGAGUGGUACCUGGAGAUCAAACAUAUCCUCCGGUUCAAUGCAGAGAUCCUAGAUCCCAACUAUCUAGAAUAUGGAAUAAGCUGGAACCAGCAGACUUACCAGUACCUAGAUUUAGGAUAGAUAAAAAUUAUAUAGGCAUUCCACCAGCAGUUGAAAUAACAAUCGGAAAUUUAAAUGACAAUAUAGAUAAAGCUUUUCUGUCUGAUAUGAUGAAUAAAGUAGGACCUUAUGAAGAAUUGACAAUUUUUUAUCAUCCUUUAACAAAUAGACAUUUGGGAUUUGCAAGAAUUGUAUUCCAAGAAGUCAAACAUGCAAAAUUGUGUGUUGAAAAAUACAAUGGAAAAUCAGUUAUGGGAAAGGUUUUGGAUGUGUUACAUGAUGCUUUCGGUAAGAAAUGUCAAGAGAUGUACGAAGACAAGACCAUGGAUAAGAAACCGCAACCAAUUAUUCCUGGUAUUAAGGUACCACCACAGGAAGAUGCACGGCUGGCCAAGAUCGACCCAGCGCUCAGUAAGAGAUUAGAAGAUACUAAAAUAGUGGAAAAGGAGCCAUAUUCCCGUUUCAAAGACAUAGAGCACAGCGAUAGUAACACGCGGUGGUCGGACGACGAGCGUGAGUACCGCAGGGAGCAUCGGCACCGCCACAGGAGCGACAGGGACAGAGACGGUGAUAGGGACCGCGAGAGGGACAGAGACAGGGAUAGGGAUAGAGAUAGGGAUAAGGAUAAAGAUCGACAUCGUGACCGCUACGCGCGCAGUUCGGAGACCGUUGAGAGUUAUGCAACGUCCAGCCACGCCUCUGAUGUGCCCUACACACCUGCUGGACCUAUGUCCUAUGAUCCUUACUAUCAGACUGGUUACGGGUACGGGUACGGCGCAGGUGCGACACCCGGCGGGUCGGGCGUGUGGUGGGACUGGCGGCACCACACGCCGCACACGCCGCACACGCCUCACACGCCGCACACGCCGCACCAUCACACGCCCUCGGAGCGGCGCUCGCACGUGGCGCCCGACUGGAGCGCGCCCAGCGUGACGUCACGCGUCUCGCCCGAACGGAAGGAAAUCAGAGAGAAGGAAAAGGAAAUAAAGAGUAAAAUUGAAGAGGCACCUCCUCCCAAAGAAGAUUCCUGUGAACCGGAACCGAAGCCUCCUCCUCCAGCAGACGAACCCAAAAAUGUUGAUUUAGAUACUAGGAUCGCCAUGCUCCUCAAAGGUGCGAGUGGGGGCGGAGGCCUGGCGCCUCCAUUCCUCUCGUUGGGCAUCUCGCCGGAGGAGGAGGACGAGGACCGCCUGCCCGCUAAGAUACCAGACUUGGACGCACCGCAACCGCCUUCUGAUGAUGAGGGAUCGAUAAGUGAAGACAGGGAAAGCAUCAUCACAGUAAAUCAAGACCAAGACUUCAACGCUGAGCCGCUGUCGAAAACACCGUCGCCCUACCUCGAUAGGGAUAACUAUCUCGAAUGUCUCAAACUGACUAUUAAAAGGCAAUUACAAGAAGAAGAGAGGAAAAAGCUACCCCAAAUAGACAAGAUAGGUUCGGAUAUAUCAUCUUCAGAGGACGAAUUGUUAACUGGGGAAAAGAAACAUAGAUCUCCAGCACCGCUUGAUAAAGACCAGGAUAAUUUGGAUGAUGAUCAGAUGUCGCUAUCAUCACUAUCGUCAACGGAAGCGAAGAUAGAAGAACAAGUGCCCGCGGAAGCGUACUUCUACCCGCCGUCGCACGCAAACGCGCACGCACAUAUGCACCCGCAGUACUAUCAGACUAUGUGGCCGCAUGCUGCAUAUGGUGGAGCACCAUACGCAGGCGUGGCCCCAGUGGGUGGUGUGGGCGUGGGCCCGGUGGGCGAAAUGCCGCUAGCCUACAGUGCAGCUUUCCCACCGCCCAUUAUUCCGGCAUUCCCACCGCCGCAUCAUCAAACGCAAGAGGAACUCGACAACCCAUACUAUCCAACAAUAAACUGCGUGAUAGAAAGAGUAACGGAGGAAUUGAAGCAAAUCUUGAAGAAGGAUUUCAAUAAGAAAAUGAUUGAAAGCACCGCGUUCAAAAACUUUGAGAUAUGGUGGGACGAGCAGAGUAGGAAAACGAGAACUAAACCCGCUAAGGAAGAAACAGGGCAACCCUUACAAGAUAUAUCCAACAAAAAAGAAGAAACAGUGGACACGAUAAAAUGUAUUAUUGAGUCCAGAGACUUAGGUUUAGAACUAGGUGGUUAUGGAGCGGGUAUAGGUCUCGGACUACGAGCGGCUAUUCCAAAGAUGCCCAGUUUUCGGCGUAAGAGAAAGAUUCCUUCACCUGUGCGCAUGGACGAUAGCUCUAAACGCCUCAGUGACCAGGAGGAAAUUGUCCAAAACUCAGACGAAGAGAAAGAAGUUCCAACGAGUCCUCGCAACCGAACGGCAGGUUCAUAUUUAUCUACGAGCAGACGGCGGCAGUCCUCCAGCUCAUCACGGUCUUCGUCAAGUUCGUCAAGUCGCUCGUCCUGGUCGGGCUCGGAGCGUGCCGCCGCACCGCGCAUCUACUCCGAUACGGAUGAUUCCGACUUUGAUGAGACACAGUUCAAGGUUAUAUCUAACAAGGAGAGGCUCAGAAAGGUAUACUCGUCGUCGUCGGAUAGUGAAGAGGAACUACGAAGACGAGAGAAAACCCCGAUCCCUCCGGUGGAAGCAUCAGACGACCGACUGGGCUCGCCCGUGCUGUCCCCGGAGCCGCCGCGACACUCGCUGCUCGACCGCGUCUACUCCGACUCGGAGGAGGAAAGGGAGUACCAGGAGAAAAGACGGCGAAACACAGAAUAUAUGGCGCAAAUUGAAAGAGAGUUCUUGGAAGAGCAGCGACGGAAAAUGGAAAUGGACAAAGAGCCAGAACCCGAUAAGCCACCUGACAAAAGCAUACCGGAAGAUAAGACUGAAGAGAGCCGCGUCAGUCCAGUCAAGAACCAUUUGAAAUCUCCCGACAAGAGAAAACCAGAGGUAGAAGAGGGUGAGGUCAGCACAGACGAAGAGCCGCUCGAAGCGAGAAGAAAGAAGAAGAGAAAGCAGAAGAAGAAGAGAGGAGAAGUUAAGCGGGAGAGAGCGGUUUCCGUUAGUGAUAGCCACACGGAUACUGCUGCUAGUGUUAAUGGGAUUAAGGAGGGCAACGAGGCGGCGUCCCCGCCCUCGUCCCCCGUGUCGCAAGCGUCGCAAGAGUCGCAAGAGUCGCAGGAGUCGCAAGCGUCGCAGGCGUCGCAGGUCGCGCUCGACCACUCGUACUGCCGCCCGCCGCCCGACGCGCCGCCCAGACGACCUUCCAACCAUCUGCAUCAUGAUCACGGAUACACGUGGAUGGCAGAACCGGAGGCCGAAGCGCCCGCCGCUCCUAUCGAAGAGAUCAAACCCAAAAAGGAGACCAAGAGACCGUACAAACGGAAACAUGAAACCAAGAAACUCGCUGAAAUACAGAAUAAGCUUUAUGAACCUCUGGAAGACUAUAGCAAAAUACAUUCAAGUGUUGUGUUCAAACCUCGAGAUAUCAUGGCGGAAAUGCAGGUUAUGUACGAAUUCCUGACCAGAGGUAUCGACAGAGAGGACAUAGAAUAUUUGAGGAGAGCUUACGAGGCGCUACUAGCUGAGGAUGCUCAAGGAUAUUGGCUAAAUGACACGCAUUGGGUGGACCAUCCGCCCACAGAUGUAGUCUAUAGCCCGCCGAAGAAGAAGUCCAAACGGCAUAAUAAUAUCUAUGAGGAUCUACAGGGUCACUCGAGCGGGUCAGCGCGCACAGAGGGCUACUACAAGAUGGACGCGCGCGAGAAGGCCAAGUACAAGUACCACCACGGGCGGGCCGGAGCCCACCCGCUGCCGCACGACGACAAGCUGCGCGCCAACAAGAUGCAGCUGCUGUCCCGCGAGGCGCGCUCCAACCAGCGCCGGCUGCUCACCGCCUUCGGUACAGACACGGAUUCAGAUCUACUCAAAUUCAAUCAGCUCAAGUUCAGGAAGAAACAGCUCAAGUUUGCCAAAUCUGGUAUUCACGAUUGGGGUCUAUUCGCACAGGAGCCGAUAGCGGCCGACGAGAUGGUGAUCGAGUACGUGGGGCAGAUGGUGCGGCCGAUAGUGGCGGACGUGCGCGAGGCGCAGUACGAGGCGACCGGCAUCGGCAGCUCGUACCUGUUCCGCAUCGACCUCGACACUAUCAUCGACGCGACCAAGUGCGGCAACCUCGCACGGUUCAUCAACCACAGCUGCAACCCAAACUGCUACGCGAAGAUAAUAACAAUCGAGUCGCAGAAGAAGAUCGUGAUCUACUCGAAGCAGCCGAUCGGCGUGGACGAGGAGAUCACGUACGACUACAAGUUCCCGCUAGAGGACGAGAAGAUCCCCUGUCUGUGUGGAGCGCCCCAGUGCCGUGGAUUCCUCAACUAAACUGUUAUUUAUUGGUGUAUAAUAAACAACUAGAUGUUAAAAAGUCGCCCGCGGUUUCCUUAAGAGCUAGCGCG